GAUGGAUCUGCAAAUAUCACUUUUUCUUCUGUUUAUUCUUUUCACUGCAGGACACUCUCUCCGCUGUAAUGACUGCAGUCUGACGGGAUCUUGUACAGAAACUCAGUGUUCCAUUUGGUUAACCAACUGCUUCAGCGCAGCAAUUACUGUCAACAGCACUACAUUGAAGUAUAAAAGUUGUGCUCCAUCUGUCUGUCCAAGUGGAUCCAUCAACCUCGGCAUUGGAAGAGGCUCUGCUAAGUGCUGUAACACUGAUCUCUGUAACAACCAAGAUGCUCCAGAUCCCACUAGUGCUCCCAAUGGAAAGAAAUGUUACUAUUGUGAUGGGAAUACCUGCUCAAACACAGUGAGCUGUUCAGGGACUGAAGACCGCUGCUUUAAUACAACAGGGAACUUCCAAAGCCAGCCAAUAGCUGUAAAAGGGUGUGUCUCUAAAUCUAUUUGUGAUAUUGUCUCAGUAUUUGAUACAUUUGUUGGUGGUGUGUCAUGUUGUUCAGGGAACCUGUGUAACAGUGCUCAGAGCGUCACUCAGAGCUUCCUGUUCCUCUGCUGUUCUCUGCUCUCCUUCAUCCUGCUGCACUGAAUCCAGCAGAUCUUCACAUUCUACAGCUGCAGCAAAGAUACAACAUGAUGUGCUUUACAAACAUAUAGAUGUAGUACAGUAUCUCUGAACUGUCUUUGAUUUGGUGUGAUGAAUUAAAAAGGUUAUACUACUGGUAAUUUAAAUAUGGUCGAAAAUAUGGUCUGUAAUUUUAUGGUCGAAAAACAAAUCAGAUCCAUGUAAGACCUUUGCAGCUUUUUGUAUUUUGCUAU